AAUAAUAUUUUAUUGCAUUAGUCCACAAGCUAGGUAGCUUGUGAUAUCCGAAGUAGUCUCGUUCUAUUUUUUCCAGCACUGAAGGACGUGUGCACGAUGGACACACAAGAGAACUCGAGAAGCCGUCGAGAGCUAGCUGGUCGGUCUAGACCGGUGAACUCGACCACCGAUGCUCUAAUCUAGCACCCGUUCCAUAUGAUUGCUUUGCUGACAUGGUUGAACAUGGCGUCAUCGAUACGAACAUUAAACAUGACAAGCCUGCUGAUGAAAUGCUGUCGGAUUGCAUCCAGUGCAUUUGCGUCGUUACGUUUCUCCUGGUGUUUGGCCAGGCAAUGGAGUUAUUAUUGUGGCUUCCUACGCUCAUUUGUCGGCUGGCUAUCUUUUGGUCUACAAAAAUAAUCGACAUCAAAUCAUCCGAGGAAGAUAAAACAAAUCUCUGUUACCUGGAGUUUCCCGACUCCAAUUCCGGAUGCAUGGGAGCACUCAAUUUAAUGUCAAGAUAAAGUGUUCUUAACCUUCAGUCAACACCAUACAAACAAUGUUGAAAAAUGUCCAGUUUUCUUACAAGCUGAUCAUCGUUGAUUGUAUGGGUUUUUUUUCGACAAAUUAUAUCCUAUAGUUAAGAUGUAGAUAAUAGUUUUAUCCAUACAGUAUAUAAUAUCCUUAAAAUAUUUGACAACUAAAACCUUUAUUGUAAAUGAUGUGUGAUUUCUAAAAACUAUUUAUUACCUAUAACAAUGGUACAAAUAUUAAAUUUGAUAAAUGCACAUUUAUCUCUUCACCUACCUUCCAUGUUUAAAUAUUCAGCUAAUCUAUUAUGAAUAACUGUCUUCAUUGCCAAGUAUGUUGUACACUUGGCAUCAAUUAAUUUAAAAUCUCUUAUUAAAAUCUGAUACUAAAUAAACAACAAUUUCUUAAUUUAACCAAUAGGAUUUAAUUAUGAGAUAAUUACCAAAGUUUUUAAUUUAUCCUUGUUAGCAUCAAUAAUUUUCAAUUCAUCCAUAGUUGCUAUAGGUAUGUUCUAACUAGACUGGUUGAAUGAUCUUUGGUCUGUAGUGGUAACUGAAUGGGUUAAAUGUGUGUUUAUAUCUAGCAAAA